UUCUGAGUUUAGUUAAGUAAAAAUUUUAUAAAAUGAAUUAUAUAUAUAUAUUUACCUUUAUCUCAUUUCCACAAAUAAAUCCAUUAAAUCACAAUAUCUGUUUUACUUAAUAAUAUGUUAAAGAAGAUAACACAUGUAUUAGAAAGAAUUGUAAAAUAUAUCAUAAAUAUAUUGUAUCUACACGGUAUUUUAGUAUUGGGUCAUCCCAUAAGUUCGUGCCGACCUUUAUGUAUACAUUUCAUAUUUUAAAGAAAAACAAGAGAACUUUUAUCAAGACGGAAUAAUGAAAAAUGGGAAAAAGUUGUACAACGAGAGGGGGAUUACAUUUUUUCAUGAAACUGAAAAGUAUAUAAAUAAUCUUAACAUAUAUAACCGCUCGAAAAACGGCACGAACUUAUGGGAUGACCUAAUACAUAAAAAAACCAGUUAACACUUUGAGCAAUAUAUCACUUUUAUUCUCUUCUAUACUAUUCUUAAUCUGUAAUCUAUCUUUUUAUGUUACUUAUUGAAUUUUUAUUCACCGAUUUUUAUCUUUGUUUGUUAGAAACAGCAAGAUUUGAAAAUAACAAUGGAAGACUCGUUUAAUUUUUCGAAACUGACUAAAUUUUUACAUCAAACCUUGGUAUUUACAGAAGAAGUAAAGAAUAUAUUAAAAUCAAAUUGUGAUGAAGCAAUGUAUUGUUUAAAACCAUGGUACACGGAAAUACAUUCCCAACAAAAAGUUAAUAAAGAUAUUUGUACUUGUGUCAAAUUCAAAGAUGAAGUUCAAGAAAUUGCUGCAGAUAUUAGUAGAACAUUGAUACAAACACAACAAUUGCGAGAAAAAUUAUCUUCCAAUAUCACGGGAAGAAAAACAAAAUAUUACGCUUAUGAAUGUUUCCAAGAAACUGUAGGAAAUAAAAAACAAAAGAAGGUAAAAAAUUUAAAUGUAAGCAAUAAAGAUAUAUAUUCGAGACAAGACCAUCCUGGUAUAAAAUUAAAUGUUGAAAAAGCAAGUAUUGAUAAGGGAGUACAAAAUGAAGUAACACAAAGAGAUGCACAUAUUACAUCGAAAAAAACGAAGAAUGUUAAUAAACAAUCAAUAUCGCACUCAAUGAAGUCGUCAGAAAGCAAGAAUUUCCUUGUAAUAAAUAAAAAGAAUAUUAAAAAUAUAACGGUCGUUAAAGACAUUAAUCGCAAAAUGAAAAAUGAUGUUAAAUCUAAUACUUCCAUAACAGAGUCAAAAUGUAUUAAAUUUGGUCAAAGAAAUUCUGCAGCAUCAACUAGUGAACUGAAAUGUCUAAUACAGAAAAUGUCAAUUAAAUCUGAUAAUUGUACACUUCGUAAUGAAUGUAGAAUGAAGCAUCCAUUACACGAAGGUACAAUUUUACAACAUACUGGUGGACAAAAUUUAACACUUAGGACUAUUGUAGAUAGUUUAAAUACAAUUGACAUCCCCGAAGAAAUAAUUAAGUCACUGAGAGUUUAUCAUACAUAUUUGAAUACUGAAUGUACAGAAAGAUCAUUCAAUGAAAAACAACAAAAAGUGUUACAUACAUUUUUGCUAGAAUUUAAUAAAAUGGAUGAAAUUGCACAAAAACAAUUAGCACACAAGAGUUAUAUAGUAACUGUACUUCUUAAAUUUAUUUCUUUAUUUCAAACUCUUUUCUCUAAAAACAUAGGGAUUGAUGUAGAAGAUAUUAGUUCGCUAUACACAAAAUUAAGAUCUGCAUGGAAAAUUUAUGAAAUGAACGAAUUUAAAAAUAAACAAAUUUUGAGAAAUGAUAUAUGCAGAACACUACAUACUGUUUCUAAUAUAACAGAAUGCAUGUCAAAUGGAUUUUGGAAUCUUUUUUAUAAUCAAAAUCUUGAAGGGAUGUCCAAAAUAUGUUGUAUGCGUUACACAAAUGAAGAUCAGUUAUUGCCCUUCUUUGAUGUAAUGCAACAAGUACAACAUAUACAAUACUAUGAUGAUUUAAUGAAGAUUAUUGCAGAAGAUGUGCUUCCUAACAUGAACAUCUUUCUUGAUUGUACACAAUUAGAAUAUGUAAAAAUAUAUAAAAUGAUUUCUAUUCUUUACCAAGGUUUAAAUUCAAAAAUUCCUAUUUUAGUAAGGACUGAUAAAUAAAGAUCUUAACAUUUCUUAUUAUUCAGAAAUUGAGCAUUGAUACAUUUAUCAUUUAUGUUACUAUAGCAACUAGAAAACAGAAAUAUAUUGGUAUUAUUUAUACAUGCAGUGUACGAUUUCAAUGUACUGACAUAUUUUUUAAUACCAAUAAAGUAAAUCUAAAUGAUUAAUUUAUAAGUGA